GGGGCCCUUUUUGGGCCCGUCUUUCGCCUUACUGAGAUCCACCGCCUGCGGGCGGAGGUCGCCCAGCUACAAGCGACGCUCGACGCCGACGCCGACGAAGACCGAGCUCCUCUGGCAGCCCGUGCCGCCGGCGACCCUGUGGCACCCCGGCCACAUCCGGCACCGAGCGCCGCGCCCGGGGCAGACCACAACGGCGACGGCCUCUCAAGCGAACGCGCUUCCUGGCAGCCCCCUGCCGCGUUCGUGGACUUCGCCGCGUCUCUGUCCGCGGACGCUGCGCCCCCUGCCCCCGCGCGGUCGCGCAUCUCCGAGCGCGCAGACGUCGAGACACUUCUUUACGCAGAGACUGUUCUGACCUCCGCACUGGAGCACGACGCCGACAUUUUCGGAUGUAUUACGCUCAUGCACGUGGCGCCUCGGCGCCGCGCGGUGCUCGCCUUCGCGAAAUGGGUCUCCUCCCGCGCCGCCGCCUUCGCGACGCAGGACGCCGCGGACGUGGAGCUCGUCAACGAUGGCGCCAGCAUGGUUGCCGUGCGCCAUUUCGUGGACAAGUUCACCGCGACGCCGCCUGCCGCCUGGGGCCCCAGUGUCCUCCGCGAACUGCUGGAGUCGCGGAUACCGAAAUUCAUGCACCUCCACGCUGGGUGCAAAUACCUUCGGGGGCACACGGUUCGACAGCUUUUCCUCCGCGCGUUCCGCCGCGACGGCCGCUGCACGUGGGGGAGCCGGAGUGGGGCGUCAUCGGCGAGCUCCUCCCGGGGGCCGCCGACGGCCCCGCCGGUCGGUAUCGUCGGGCACGACGACGCAGUCCGAGCGAUCACCUACGUCAAUUCCACUUUCCGCGAGGUCCCGCCGCUGACGCUGGCCGACCUCAUCAUGGCCCUCUGUUUGCGCCCUCGGGCGCCGCGGCCUCACAUCGACCGCCCU